GAGAGAGAGAGAGAGGAAGAGAGUGGCUGCUCCGGCCACCAGCCCGGAAGGUGCCCUGCGGCCAUAGGAGCAGAAGGCGUUGGGCUCAACCUGACUGGGAUAUGAUCGGCCACCUGGCUGCUCCUAGAGGACCAUGUGGGGCUUUCUGACCCAGCUGCUCGUCAGUUUAGUCCUUCUGGGCUUCUUCCUGGUCAGCUGCCAGAACCUCCUGCACAUCGCCCAGGGCUCCGUCCAGUUCGUGCUGAAGCAUAUCCACCAGGAGCUGGACAAGGAGCUGGGGGAGAGCGAAGGGCUGAGUGACGAUGAGGAGGUGGUUUCCAGCCGGGUGGUGCGCAGACGUGUCUUCGUCCAGGGUAACGAAAUAUUGGAUAUCCCUGGAGAACAAGUGACCGAAGAGCAAUUCACUGAUGAACAAGGCAACAUUAUCACCAAGAAGAUUAUCCGGAAAGUGGUCCGGCGACUGGACACCGAAGACGGACGGGCGCACGAAGAGGGCCUCACCUCAACACCCAUCCACUAAACCUCCACUCUCCUCGUUCCUCUCCAUGCGGCCAGGCGAGUGGAGCAACGAGCUUCCAGAGGCAGGGCUGUCUGUCCGCGAUUCUUUAGGUUAAUGGCAUGAUUUCCGUAAGAGACAUAACUUUACCGUCUUAAAUCCGCAUGACCGACCGACCUGCCGACGCAUGAGCUAAAGUUCUUUCUCCUGACUUUGAGAGGAGAGGGUCUGGGACGAUUCCCCAGGAGGAAGGGGAGAAAAACAACAACAACCGGAUGCAAUUGUGUUUGUGUGUUUUGUGUGCGCGUGGCGGGGGAGGGGCUUCUUUCCAAAGCCCCCUCCUUUUGACGUGGUGCCUUGGCCUCCUGGGGAAGAAGGAGUAAGCUGGACGGAGAUCAUUCGCCAUCCCAUCCACCCCGGCUCAGCCUUCGGAUUGCCUCUGUGCUCAGCUCCGCUCCAUCCAUCCGUCCACCUGGAACCCCAGAAGGGCUUCUAGCUGAGCCCUUCUGGCUACUCUGCCCAGUUGUUCUUCCCAGGUUGGGAUGGAAAGCGUGACGUGGAUAAAUGCCGAGAUCUCCUGUAUAGAAUAUGGACAGAUACUUACUAUGCAAACACCGACCGAGGCAUUCGGCAGAAACCAGAUCGGCUCCAGUCCUUGGAAGCGUCCGCAGGCAGCCAGCCCCGUUGAGAAGGAAAACAAGAGACGGGGAGAACCCGAAUGUCUUCUCAUCGGGAAGGUCUCCCCCACCCCCCCGGAUCCUCCUGGUCUCCUUGGAACCCAUACACACAUGCACACACACACACACACGCAGGGCGGUGGUUAGAGACGCGUGGGAAGGGAAGGGAAGGAGGAGGAGGAGAAGAAGGGCUAGUACACGAGCCUCUGCCAAGGCACGCCACCAAAGGGGGUGCGGCGCAGCGCCUUCCCGCAAUUUGGCCCCGGGUGGAAGUGUGCGACCGCCCGCAUGCGCCGAUGCUUGGCUCCACCCAGCACAAUCUGUUGCUCAGGAGAAGGGCAGCGUGGUUCCCUUGCCUGCACUUCCGUACGGGAGGACCCCCCCAGGGGGCCUCCUCACUCAGCACAGACAUGGCAUCCUGCCAACACUUCUUGGACCAGUCUUAGCUGGGGGGAACUGAAUUCCUUCCCUCUGCCCCCACCCCUUUCCCCCGUCCCCCCUGCUAGCAACUUCCUUGAUCAGGCCUGGCAUGGAGGGAGUGAUGCUCCUGUUCUUCAUCCUCCUCCUCCUCCUCCUCCUCCUCCCCCUCCUUUUCCUUCCAUCCUCCUCCCCCAUCAAGAUUGGCUCCCCACCCCCAGUGCUUCAAAGAACCCGCUUCUCCUCCACCAACAAGCUACACUCUUGGGACAACUGCCAUGAGCAACAGUUGGCGCCUUUGACGUCUGCUUCAAACUUCGGAGGCCCCCGAGGGAUACAAGGGGCAUGUGGGUUGGGGGUGGGUGGCCACAGGGGAUGGCCCAGCAGUUAAGGUGAGGAUCAGGAGGAAGCAUGGGCCAUCUUGGACUCCUUGACCAUCCCCUGUGGUCACCCCAGCAGCGUGGCGCUCUCCUUCGGCUGCAGCGCCACUUUCUCAGCCCCUGUGCCUGGGAUCCUGCUACGCUGGCCCUGCCCAGGUAGGAGGAAGUACUUGGGGGGUGGGUGGGGGUGGGGGUGGGGGGGUGGGAGAAGGCAGAAGGGCAGUGAAUGUUGGAGGAAAAGCUGAGCGCCAUGCCAGGCAUCUCCCCGGGGAGACUAGCUGUCCCUAUCCAGACAUGCAAGGAACGGAGCAUCAAACUUCCUUGUUCCCCACGCCCUCCAAUCACAUUGAUUUGCAGCCUGUAUGGCCUGCCCCCCCCCGCCCCCCCCGACCCCAAAUUGCUGACACAGCAUCACCCUAGAUUCCAGCGUGGGCCUACGCACCUGCCCGCCCUCUGCCCCUCUGCUUUUGGCCUCCAGUAGUGCAUAUAGAAAAUUUAAAAACAAUAAGAAUAAUUUUGAGCUGUGAACUGCAUCCCCCUCGACUGCCUGCGGGGGGGGGGGCACCGCUUUUGCCCGCCGAUCGCUAGUUGGCGCUGUAAAGGAGGGCAAUGCCUAGAGAAUGCUGCCAGUGUCUGCACUCUAGAUGCUUUUUAGAAGUUUUGGGGUUACUUUUACCUUCUUUUUUAUUGUUAUGGAAAUUUGAGCCUUUUGGCUCCUCUUGUCUUCCCUCCACCCCCCACCCCCCCACUCCAGUGUAUAGAACCAUCCUUCCUCUCCACCAGCUACCAGAAUCCAAGUUAAUAAAUAAA